AUGGCUAAAAGAUUCAGAGACGAUACGUUCAAUAGUAACAGUACUGAUGAGUUCCAGUUUAAAUCUGACAACACAGAAGAUGACGUCAUUGUUUCAUCCAGUGAAAGUGAAAUCCUUGCAACAAGGAAUGCAUGGAGGUGUUUCAACGUGGGCAGUGAUAGUAGCAGUAAUGAAGAAAUGAAUAUUCAAGAAAUUGAUAGCAGUAGUGAUAACGAAUGGACAAAUGUCACAAAUCAUGAUAUCAUUCUACAAAAAAUACAAUUUAAUUCUGGAUCACGAACCUCUGAUUUCUUCAACUCGUUCUUUACCGAUGAGUUGAUCAAGAAAAUAGUUGAGGAGACUAAUCGGUAUGUAAAUCAUAUGAUACGAGGAAAACAUCUAGAAAAGAAUGUCACACCAAAAGAAAUGCGAGCAUUUCUCGGCAUAAUAUUGCUUAUGGGGACAAUGUCACUUCCAAGCCUGAAAGAUUAUUGGACCACAGAAAAGAAAUGUAGGAUCCCAUACUUUGCCGAAAUAUUCAGGAGAGACCGAUUCUUACAAGUAUUUUGGAUGCUUCACACAAAUGAAAAUAUUGAAGGUAUGCGAAACAUGGCAACAAGGACGCAAAAAAUGAGCAAUUUGUUCGAUUACAUUGAUAGUAAAUGUCAUGAAAAUUUUGUACCCGGGGCGGAGUUAUCUGUGGAUGAAUCAAUCGUCAAAUUCAAAGACGAAUAA